AACCCGUCCCUUUCAGCAAGACUAGUUUCAGGCCUGGAAUCAUCUCCUCCCAUGUCUCCUUCGGUGAUCUAUCUGGAGUUUAGAUUCUAUAUCUAGAUUAUUUCUUUAUGCGCUGUGCUAGUUUUUUCAAUUAUAAGAUAUUUUCCUUUGAGAUCACGCUUGAAAAAGAGAUAGAUCGUAAAGAGACAAUGGAUGAGUUGCCAGACCAUUUAGUUUGGGACAUCGUCAGGAACCUGCACAAAACCAAUGACAGAAACUCUCUUUCACUCUCUUGCAAGCGUUUCUACUCUCUAGACAAGGAGCAAAGACACUCUCUCCGGAUUGGCUGCGGUUUAGUUCCUGCACCACCCGAUGCCUUGCUUUCUCUCUGCAGGAGGUUUCCUAAUCUCUCCAAAGUAGAGAUCGUAUACUCUGGCUGGAUGUCAAAACUUGGCAAACAACUUGACGAUCAAGGCCUUCUUCUCCUCUCCACCAACUGCCAUUCCCUCGACGAUCUCACUCUUAGCUACUGCACUUUCAUCACCGAUGUUGGCAUUCGUCACUUGUCGUCCUGUACAAAGCUCUCUUCGUUGAAGUUGAACUUCGCUCCGAGAAUCACUGGUUGCGGCGUGUUGUCAUUAGCUGUAGGGUGCAAGAAACUCGAGAGAUUUCAUCUCAUUCGAUGCUUAAACGUGGCGAGUGUGGAGUGGUUGGAGUAUUUCGGAAAGCUUGAGGUUCUUGAAGAGCUUUGUAUCAAGAACUGCAGAGGGGUUGGGGAAGGUGAUUUAGUGAAGCUGGGAACUAGCUGGAGGAAGCUUCGAAGUUUGCAGUUCGAGGUAGAUGCAAACUACAGGAACAUGAAGGUUUAUGAUCAGUUAGCCGCGGAGCACUGUCGGAAACAGUUGGUUCCUUGUGAUAAUUUGGUGGAGCUUCGCCUUGUGAACUGCGUCGUAGCUCCAGGGAGAGGCCUCGCUAGUGUGCUUAGAAAGUGCAAGAACCUGGAGAAGCUUCAUCUGGACAUGUGUAUCGGUGUCAGCGACUCGGACAUCAAAGCAUUGGUAGAGAAAGCUAAACACCUAAGGAGCAUCUCAUUGCGUGUUCCGUCUGAUUUCACUCUGCCUCUCUUAAACAACGCGACCCUGAGAUUAACCGAUGAAUGCCUCAGUGCCAUAGCUCAGCACUGCUCAAACCUCGAAUCAUUCAAGGUCUCGUUCUCAGACGGUGAGUUUCCUUCCCUCUUCUCUUUCACCCUCCACGGGAUAAUCACUCUGAUCCAGAAAUGCCCCAUUCGAGAGCUUUCUCUUGACCACGUGUGCUCUUUUAACGACGUGGGCAUGGCGGCUCUGUGUUCAGCUCAGAAUCUAGAGAUCUUGGAGCUUGUACACUGUCAGGAAGUGAGCGACGAGGGGUUGGUUCUGGUGAGCCAGUUUCCCUCCCUCACUGUGUUGAAACUAUCUAAGUGUUUGGGAGUCACAGACGAUGGACUUAGAGCACUUGCUAAGACUCGCAAACUGGAGUUGCUUGUGGUUGAAGAUUGUCCUCAGGUUUCAAGAAAAGGUGUUAACGGUGCUGCAACGUCUGUAUCUUUUAGGCAAGACUUGUCAUGGAUGUAUUGAGAUCACAUCAUUCGCUUUAUAUCAUAUACAUGUACAUAUUACUCUUGUUUCUUAAGUGUGAAAUGUUCGCCCUUGGUGCACGAUGCAGGUAUGCGACGUAAACUGUGUAGGCUA